AUGGUGGAUCGGCCGAGAACCUCGUCGACGACAAGUACCUUCAGGCGCGCCGCAAUUGCCUGCCAGAGUUGUCGACUCCGCAAGGUCAAGUGCGAUGCCCAGUCUGUUCCAUCAGACGAAGGGUGUGGUCCAUGUCAACGAGCUGGACAGGAGUGCUUGCUGGACCCUUUAUCAGACGGAAGAAGAUCUGUCAGCCGGAAAUUUGUCGACAAGCUCCAACAGCGCAUAGAAACGCUGGAAGCUCUCAAUCAAAGGACUGGUGACCCAUCGACUUGUAGACCCACCGAGGAUGCUACUGUUCCUCUCACCGACACAUCUGUGCCAUCAUUCGGUCCAAGUGCCGCACCUCCUAAUACGGCGCCUCCUCAGGGCGACGACUCCACGCAUCCAGUGGUGACAAGGGUCUCCUACAGUUCCCAUCAAACUCUGCCUGCGUCGACCUUGAUUAAUGGAACCUCUCCCGAAAAGACUCGUGAUGAGUCGCCAAGUUUCUUCGGCGCAACAUCCCACCCUCAUGUUGUCUCUCCCGGUGACGAGUCCCGUCUCAGCUCCUUCGAAGAAUCUGAUGGAGUCGAUAUUGACCUUGACCCAUCUUCACCCCACUUGCGCGAACACCUCCUACAGUCCUUCUUCAAAUAUCAAUCACUCUGGGUUGACAUUGUGGGCAAGGAACAGUUCAUGACCCACCAAGCCACUGGUAAUCAAUCUCGAUGGUACUCCAAGUUUUUGGAAAAUGCCAUGUUGGCAUGUGGGACGCGAUUGAGUACCUCGAAGUCAGUACGCGCAUUGGGCUCCAAGUACUGUGAGUGGGCGAAGGAUGAAGCAUUGAAAGCUAUGUCUGAGCCGACACCCGCGAACCUGCAAGGGUUUCUGGUCCUGAGUGAAUACGAAGUCACACAGGGUAAUCUGCGCCCGGGCUGGAUGUUUUGUGGGGUGGCUUGUCGAAUGUUGUCCGAUCUUGGUCUUCAUGAGCUUGCAAGUAACAUGGGUGCACAGGAGCCCACCAAAGGAAGCGAUGUUGCAUAUGCGCUGCUGUCAGCUUGCGUGGUGUACGAAGGGGUGUGGACUCUAUAUCUUGGUAGACCCAGCUCCAUCCCGAGAUCAGUCAUGAGUAUUGCGGCUUCACGCUGCAAGGCAGGCCGAAAAUCAGAUUCCCCGUGGCUUAACGCCUGGGUAAGGCUUUGCGUGCCCAUGGCCGAGAUAUCCCAAGUGCUGAACGAACACUCAAUCGACAAUUCCGAUAGAACUGCUUCGCUGCGCAAGCUGUUUGGACAGGUUGAGGAAUGGUAUGAAAGCCUUCCGCCAGAGUUGACGUACAACGAAAACCGUCUGACGAACAUGGAUCUGGCGGGAUACGGCUUACACACCCAGUACUGCAAAGUGCAAAUACUCUUGAGACGAGCGCUGGCGAAGCCGCCGAAGACGAGGAAGCGAAGGCACUCUCAGAUCGCAGGUGACAGUGCCAUGCGGACGUCAUCCGAUGAUUCAGACGUCAUUAUUUAUCAAUAUGCACUCCGGGUCGCACGUCUAGUUGUCACUUACCGCGAGGCUUUUGGGAUGGAAAAGAUACCCUCCAUCAUGCUCGACAACGCAGUGGUGGCAGCAACUGCGAUGAUUGAGCACCUCAACAAAGCGGACAACGUUAACGAAAUGAAGCGCCAGACUACCUGGCUUCGCCAACUGGUAAAGAGCAUGGAAUCGGUGCAGCCACACUUCCCAAUUGUAGGGCGCAUGCUCGAAUCACUGAAGCAGAUUUGCGGGGGAGGACUACUCAGUAUCAUGUUUCCGUCUACGUAUUGGGACUCAACGGAAGGUCCUUCUCAAGAGGCGUCGGCUUCAAACCCGUUACCAGAACUAAAUUCUGGAUCUAAUCUUACCCAAGAUGAUUCCUUUGUAGCUGGAAAUGGCCCUGAUUUCUGGGAUUGUUUUGACACGGAAAUCACACGAGGCGGCUUCGCAUCAGGUGGAUUUGACAGCUCUCUUUUAGAUCUCCUUCCAUCAGAAGUUUUGAUCUCUGGCUUAGCUCAAACACUCCCUUAG